CAAAGGUCAAUGCAAAAUUAUUGUUUAUAGUGCAAAAAACAGGGGAUCCAAGUUAUGUGACAGAAAUGAUAGUUAAUGCCUAUUUCAUCCUCGUACUAAAUUGGUUAUCAAGUUGUACGUGUCGAGGGCCACACCAUCCCCAUGGUCAGCAUGCAGUCAACAAGCAUCAUCACCACAAGCCCAGCUCAUCAGAAUCUCUGACGAGCGACACCAAACUUUUACAUGAUACUAAACAUUUACAAGAAGAUGCACUGGUUUUAACAGCGGAAGCAUUAGCUAAGAUGACUCCUGAGGAAUUAGAAUUUCACUACUUCUCUUCUCACGAUUAUGACAAAAACUCUAAAUUGGAUGGCUUGGAAAUGUUAAAGGCGGUUUAUCACACAAUUGAACAUGCAUUUCCUGAACCGGAUGAGGAUGAUUCAAUUGAAACCGAAACAGGAGACAUGGAAACAUUUAUUGCUAUUGUUGAUCGCACAUUGCUAUCAGAUGAUACUGAUGGGGAUGGAUAUGUAUCAUAUUCAGAGUACAGAGCUGCCCGUAUCAAUAAUACUGAUGAUAGAACGCCAAGGAUUCUCAACUCACCGUAAAACAGGUCCGUUUACUGACUACAAGUUGUACUACGUGCACUGGUAGCGCUGACAGGGCAUUCCCCGCUCGCCCCACGAUGCCGCAUCUCUGAUCCCGUUGGAUAUGUCUUCGUACGGUUUUAACUCGUUGCUGUUACUGGAAACAAUAAAAAUGGAAUGUUUCUUUA